CUGCGGAUAGAUGGGGGCUCGUCUGAGAUGGGCAGGAUCUACAGAGACCAGCAGCCCUCCAUCAAACAUGGUCAGAACCGAGCGGUACGCAACGCACUGGAGGGAGGACUGGACAUCGAUACCCUGCCCGACAACAUAACCCAUGUGGUGGAGGACUCUCAGAGGUACUACAGGUGGAGGAGUUACGGGCCAGGGGACAGACGGAUGGAGGAACUCUGGGUAGACCUAAGCUCUGUGCAACAGAGCGAAGUCAGAGUGCACGGCAUCCUGUCCAACACACACCGGCAGGCAGCGCGUGUGGCUCUCUCCUUUGACUUCCCCUUCUAUGGACACUACCUGAGACAAAUCACCAUAGCAACAGGAGGGUUCAUCUUCACGGGGGAGAUCACUCAUCGCAUGCUGACAGCCACACAGUACAUCGCCCCCCUCAUGGCCAACUUUGACCCCAGUUUUUCAAAAAACUCAACAGUGCGGUACAUGGACAAUGGGGAGGUGUUUGUGGUGCAAUGGGACAAGGUGCGGCUUCAGGGGCGCGAGGCAGAGGGAACCUUCACCUUCCAGGCUGCUCUCCAUAACAAUGGAACGAUCGCGUUCAACUACAGAGAGGUUCCUUUGCCAGUAGAGAAGAUCAACUCCACUGAACACCCAGUGAAGGUGGGCCUGUCUGACGCGUUCAUGGCCCUCCUCCCCUCUCCACAGUCCUCAGACGCAAGACGGCGGACCAUCUAUGAGUACCAUAGAGUAGAGAUUGACACCACCAAGAUCAUCAAUCACUCUGCCUUUGAGUUCACUCCAUUGCCCACAUGUCUCCAACACACCACCUGUGAACUCUGUCUCAUAUCCAACCUGACAAAUGGCUGUGGUUGGUGCAACACACUGCAAAGAUGCUCCGAUGGAAUUGAUCGUCACAGACAGGAGUGGCUCGACUACAACUGUCCUGAAGAGGCAAAAGAGGGCACUUGUGAGGACUACACUCAGGGUGGCCCUGAGGGUUCCACGGGGUCCUUCAACCACUCGGCCCCAGAGCCCACGCCCUCCCCUGCAGUGCUCUCAGAUAUCCCCGUCACUGAGGACUUGCAAACAGGUCCUCCGCACCAGGAACGGACAGAGCACACUGCGAUUAUUGCAGGUGUGGUGGCAGCCCUCAUUCUGCUGGUAGCCUUAACCCUUUUGGCUGUCUACUAUAUCAACACACACCCCACUGUUGCUCCUCCAUUCUACCUCAUGCAGCGACACACCAAUAACUACUGGCCAUCUAUGAAGUUCCGCAACCAGAGCUGUCACUCCACCUAUGCUGAGGUGGAGCUUGGGGGUCACGAUAAGGAGGGCUUCAUUGAGGCCGAACAGUGCUGCUAA